AUGCAAGGAACCAACGACACGGAUGCAGGGUCAAAGGAUGGGGGCGAUGGGGAUGCCGGCAGUGGUGCAGGGGUCAGCGGCGGGGGGAAUGGCACCAGCGUGCCGGAUGUUACCAGCAGCCCGCCGAAACCGCUCAAAUCUCCGCCUAAGCCUUCCAAGAGCCCGCAUAAGCCGGUCAAGUCGCCGAAGCCGCGGAAAUCCCCGAAGCCUCCCCCGGCGUCGAAGUCCCCCAAGUCUCCCCCCAAGUCUUCCGCCAGUACGCCAUCCCCGCCCGCUGCUGUCGCUGACGCUCCGCCUGACCCCCCCUCCCCGCCCUCCCCGUCACCCUCGACCAAGCCCCACAAAUCUCCCACACCCUCCAGCCCACCUCCUUCCAAGCCUUCUCCGAACAUCAAACCGCCUAAGAGCCCUCCUCCCCCCAGUGCUCCACCAUCCCUUCCCCCGCCUAAGCCCCAGACAUCCCCUCCUCCCCCCACCCUCUCGCCAUCUCCACCCUUGAACAAGACCCAGUCGCCUCCCAAAUCCCCUCCCCCUCCCAAAUCCCCUCCCCCUCCCAAAUCCCCUCCCCCUCCCAAAUCCCCUCCCCCUCCCAAAUCCCCGUCCCUUCCCAAAUUAUCUCCCCCUCCCAAAUCCUUGCCCCCUCCUAAAUCCCCACCCCCUCCUAAAUCCCCGCCCCCUCCCAAGUCUUCACCCCCUCCCAACUCCCAACCCCCUCCCAAAUCCCCCCCCCCUCCCAAGUCUCCGCCCCCUCCCAAAUCCCCACCCCCUCCCAAAUCGCCGCCGCCUUCCAAAUCUCCGCCUAAGGGGGGAGGAGGGGUUGCUCCAGGGGGGGGUGGGGAGGAAGAGGCGAAUGGGGAAGGGGAAGGUGAAGGGGAAGGGGAAUGGUACGAGCUACCUCCGAGCGUGCCGUCGCCCAGUAGGCCGGUGCCACCUGGCACUGGUGGCGUGUAUGACGUCAGGAGCUUUGGGGCCAAGGGGGACGGGAAGAGCAACGACGGCAAGGCACUAGAAGCGGCGUUCACUGCCGCUUGUGCUGCUUCCAUCAACAGCAGCACAGCAACCGGAGUAGGAGGAGCAGCAGGAGGAGGAGGAGGGGAUACAGACCAGGUUGUGCCGACGGUGCUGAUUCCGGGUAAAUACACCUUUCACAUCAUGGGAGUUUCCUUCCUUGGCCCCUGCGGGCCUGCAGGCGUGAACGUGCAGGUGGAUGGGAACAUCACCGUGCCUCAGAACCCCAAGCUCUACACCGUCCCCAAGAAUGGCCCGUUCACCAUCUUCUACUUUAAGGGGAUCACGGGGCUGAAGGUGUAUGGGAGCGGCGUGGUGGAUGGGCGGGGGCAGCUGUUUUGGAAGCAGGAGGGGAGGGGCGAUCGGCCCAUGCUGCUUUAUUUCUUUCGAUGCAACCAGACGGUUCUUAGUGGCAUCACGGUUAGGAACGCGGCGUUCUUCCACGUGCAAGUGUUCCGGUGUGCCAACAUGCGCAUCUUUGAUUUCCGCACGGACUCACCGGCAGAGAGCAUCAACACAGACGGCAUCCACAUCUCCUCCUCCUUCAACAUCGACAUCCGACGGUGCACGCUCGCCGGGGGGGAUGACAAUGUUUCCAUGUGGGAUGGCGCUGUCGGCGUGACUAUAUCAAAUGUCACAUGCCUCACAGGCCAUGGCAUCUCCAUCGGUGCGCUCGGGAGUGGCACCGUGUAUCCUGUCUCCUGCGUGUCUGACAUAUCAGUGACAGACGUGCGAUUCAUCAACACCAAGAUCGGCCUGCGCAUCAAGACCUUCCAGGGUGGAUCAGGGAAGGCCACCAACAUUGUGUACGAUGGCAUCACCAUGGAGAACGUGCGCUAUCCGAUCGUUCUCGACCAGUUCUAUUGUGGAGGCAGCCUUUACUGUUACGGCGACAUCAAGACCAGCAAUGUUGCCAUUUCUAAUGUAACAUACUCUAACAUCCAGGGCACGACGUUUGGUCCUGAAGGGAUCAUCUUCAGCAAGCUUGGCUUUAACAUAGAAGAUGACACCAGCCGCCGUCAACCCGCAUCGAAAAGACGACCACUCCCGUUGGAUCCUGACGUCUUCGAGAUCGACGGCGAGAUCAUGUACGAAUCGGACGACAAGAAGCGAAAGAUCUCCGCGGCGAACGGCGGAAAACGAGAGGAGUCCGGCGUUUCCAAGAUGGAUGGCGACUGCACGGGUCCGAAUGAGAUUGGUCGGAAGCGCAAGGCUUUGACGGAAAUCAUUCACCGUGACGACCCAGGGAGAGUUUCGGAAGCCGUUCGUGGGGUUCUUUCUAGGAGCGAGAGGAGAUCUCUUAGGCGCGAGUUUAGGACGGAUUUGAACACGGUACUGUCUCUAGGUCGGAGAGUAGACGCUCGUGAGAAUAGAUUGAUGCAGGAGCCGCAGGUUAUUCUUAGUGACUCGCUAGGGGACCGGAGGGUUCGCAGAUCGGAAAACGGCGGAGCCACGGAACUGUCGUCUGCAGGGCAACCGCUUGAUGGGGGCCUGGGGGAAACAGCACAGAGCGGAGGCCCCUUGGCGUUGGGAGUGGCGCAGCAACUUCAUCAGCACCACCGAAAGAGAGGGGCUGCUGGCGGGGAGAGAACACCAGGCGGGAAGGAGAAGCGGACGCCGAAGGCGAAUACAACGUACAUACAUCCCGACUUCUUGUCCGCGGCCGAUAAGCUGCCGCCGCCGGAGAAGGGCAAGUCGAAAUCGUCUAGCCAAAAGAAGGGCGGGGGGAAGGGGGUAGAGCAGAAAGAUCCGCGCAGGCAGAAGGUCGAGGCCGCACGGGCGAAGCGGAUGGCGGAUGCUUUCCGCAUCUUACACGAUUACCACACGGUUAUCAAGAAUCCUAUGGAUCUGGGCACUAUCAACACGAGAUUGAAGGCGUCGGGUUACCAGCAUCCCGACGAGCUCCACAACGACGUGCUGCUCGUCUGGUCCAACGCGAUGACUUACAAUGGGGAAGGCAAUGACGUGUAUCACAUGGCGGCGGAGCUGAAAAACAUGUUCGAGCAAGGGUACCAGAAGGUUCAGCAGAAGCUGGACGAGGAUGCGGUGAAGCGGCGACAGGAGGACGAGUUGCUGGCAGCGGGAGGGGGUCUACCAGAUCCCAGGGACAAGUCGGAAGUACUAGAGUUGGAGAAGCGGUUACAGAAGUUAGAGUCGCAGCUUGUGGCGAGUACUAAGGCGCAGCAGCAGCAAGGGAAGGCCAAGGGAGGUCAGGCUAAGCCGCGAGCGGCUGAUACGAAGAAGAGGGACAUGACGUUUGCGGAGAAGCAGAAGCUUAGUGUUAACCUGGGGAAGCUUCCUCCGGAGAAGCUAGACAGGAUUGUGCAGAUCAUAUCGGAGCGCAAUCCUGAUCUGAGUCAGAACGCGGAUGAGAUCGAGCUUGACAUUGACUCGCUGGAUAAUGAGACGCUGUGGGAGCUGGAGAGAUACGUCGCCAACUGCAUGAAGAGCAAGAGCAAGCGGAAGAAGAUCCCUCUUUAUGAUACUGUGCAACCCAAGGGCGUGGAUGCGUUUCCAGCAAGCUCAGCGGGAGACCUUAAAGAAGGCGAAGACAGCAUUGACAUUGGGGACGAAGGGCCUUUGCCUGCGCAGCCAGCAGGCCCCUCCAAGUUGGAACCAUCAAGGGCGUCAGCAGGGAAUGGAGCACAAGGCGGAGGGGCUGCCUCUGACUCGUCUGGCUCAUCAGGCUCCAGUGAUGACAGCUCCUCAAGUGGUGUGUGA